CGCGCGCUGCUGCAUGGACUCCUGGCUGCCGCGCGCCGCCUCGUCCGGGACUUGGCGCACAAACCGGGCGCGGAUUAUGCUUUUGGCCGAAAGAGGAGGCUGAUUCCCCCCGAGUGGACAUCGGCUGACAGCAUCGCCAGCAGGCGCGGGGAUCGCAAAUAUCAAACUUGAUUUAUUUUUGCCCUGCAAAACACGGAUGGUUCACAAUUUGGCGCUCGGAACUUUUCCCUUAUCUCACUCCCCCGUCCUGGAAAUGUGUUUGCGGUCCUUCUGACGCCCCCCACCCCUCGGCCGGCCGAGCGGACGGAUUAUUUCGCGUUCAGCCACCUUUGACAGGGGGUCACAUUUGUCGGAGGGGGCGGCGGGGGGGCGGGUGUUGUUUUUCGGGUUGCUGCUGCUGCCGCCGCCGCGCUGCCUCCGCUCGUCCUCGAUGCUCCUCACACGUCCCCUGGUGGCACAGUAAACCGCAGAUCGCCAGAAGCCGAGGAGAUGCUGGGGGUCGGUUCGAGCGCACCACCGCGCUGCGACAGCUGGGACAUGAUGGAGCACGAGCGCUACCAGCACUGUUUCUACGACUACCGCGACCCGGAGCACGACUUCUACACGUGCACGGCGCCGAGCGAGGACAUCUGGAAGAAGUUCGAGCUGGAGCUGGAGCCGACCCCGCCCCUGUCGCCCAGCCGGACAGCUGAGGGCGCCGGCGGCUGCGCGGCUCAUGCCUCCCCGAGCCCGGGCGAGCGCCUGGACUGGCUGUCCGGCGUGUCGCAGGACGAGGAGCAGGACUCUCCGUACAAAAUCGACACGGAGGAGGUCUUCGGGAACCUCAGCUCCAUCAUCCUCCAGGACUGCAUGUGGAGCGGCUUCGAGAAAGUUGUGAGCGACCGGCUGGCCGGCUCGUCCCCGUCCAAAGUUCCCGUGGCGGUGCACAGCGGGCCGAACCCGUGCGCGAAGGCGCAGAGCGCGCAGCUGGACGUCGCCACGGACUGCGUGGACCCCGCGGCCGUGCUCACCUUCCCCAUCAGCAGCUGCAAGAAGCAGCAGGCGUCUUCGGGGACGGAAUCGCGCACCGACUCGUCCGAUGACGACGAGGAGAUUGACGUUGUGACGGUGGAAAGCAAGCAGAACAAGGGCCGGCUGGUUGGCCGCAAGCCCGUCACCAUUACGGUGCGUGCUGAUCCGCACGACCCUGGAAUGAAGCGCUUCCACAUCUCCAUUCACCAGCAGCAGCACAAUUACGCUGCACCUUCGCCCGACAGCCCCAGGGACGUGGACCCCGAGCCCCCUCGCAAGCGACCCAAGCCGGAGCCUGCCGCACCCGUGAUGACCCACCAACAUCAUCUCCAGCACAGGGAGCCCAGGUCACGGCCCGGGUCUCGACCCAGCAGCCCGCAGAGCUCAGACUGUGAGGACUUGGACCGGCGCAAGACGCACAACUACCUGGAGCGUAAGCGGCGCAACGACCUGCGCUCGCGCUUCCUGGCGCUGCGGGACCAAAUCCCAGGCCUGGCAGACUGCCCCAAGACACCCAAGGUGGUGAUCCUGACCAAGGCGAGAGAGUACCUGCGGCUACUCCACACCAGUGAGAGGCUUCAGGCCCAGGAGCGGAAGCACCUGCGUGCCCAGCAGCAGCAGCUCCUCAGGAAGCUGGCACACUUAAAGCGGCAGAACAGUGUUCCUGGGGGAGAGGAGUCCUGCUGAGAUAUUAUUUUUAUUUUUUUUUUUUGGGGCAGGGGGGGUCUCAUUUUCUUUGUCUUUGCACAUUUGCUUCAGGUUGACAAGGUGAUAAUCUGAAGGGACAAAGAACUGGAGGAAGAGGGUGUCAGUGCUUUGAUGGG